AUGCCUUCACGCUCUGUGUCGGCCGCUUGAUGUCGUAUAAAGCACCGGGUGUAAUGUCUGUCGGGCUCCAGGGCCUCAUACAAGGUCUUUCUCCCCUCUUCGGACAGAGUCUUGCGACAUGGUGGCCACAGGCUUCUUCCUCGCUUCGCUCUUCGCGACUGCCCUCGGCAACCCGCUCGGUCGUCGCGCCAUGACGGUGCACGAAAGCCGCAGCGAGGUCCCCGAUGGUUUCGCCCAGCAGGGUCCCGCAUCUCCGGACACUGUGCUGAACCUGCGCAUUGCGCUCACGCAGUCUAACCCCCAGGGUCUGACUGACGCGCUCAUGGAGGUCAGCACUCCGGGCAACGCCCUUUACCAACAGUUCCUCAGCAAGGAGGAGGUCGAGGCAUUCGUCGCACCCACCCAGGAGACGUCGGACGCCGUCACCUCCUUCCUUAAGGAGAACGGCAUCACCGCGUCGACGAUCUCCCCCGCAGGCGACUGGCUCGGCUUCCAGACGACUGUCAGCAAGGCUAACGAGCUGUUCGAUGCUGACUUCCAGGUUUUCAAGCACCAGGAGACCGGCAGCGAGAGCAUCGUCACAAUGGCAUACUCUGUUCCGUCGGACCUCGCCCAGCACAUCGACCUGGUUCAUCCGACCAUCUCCUUCAAUAACCCCUUCGGUCGCCUGCCCCUGGCGUCUGUUCCGCUGAAGAGCCGUGCUCAACCUGGUAACUUGUCGUCGGAUGCCAUCCCGGAAAGCUGCACCAGCACCGUUACGCCCGCAUGUGUGCAGGAUCUGUAUGGUGUCCCAACCACCCCGGCCACUGUGAAGACCAACACUCUCGGCGUUGCGGGAUACAUUGAGCAGUUUGCUAACGAAGCAGAUCUGACGACUUUCCUCACUAACCUGCGUCCCGACAUCAGCCCCGCUACUACGUUCACGCUCCAGACUCUCGAUGGCGGUACCAACACUCAGACUGAAGCCGACGCUGGAAUCGAAGCUGACCUUGAUACUCAAUAUACCAUUGGUAUCGCUACCGACGUUCCCGUCUUCUUCAUCUCCGCUGGAGAGGAUAAUCACGACAAUCUCGGUGGUUUCCUCGACUGGGCCAACUUCGUGCUCGGCCAGACCAGCCCUCCACAGGUGCUUACCACCAGCUACGGCCAGAACGAGGACACUGUUUCGGCUAAGCUUGCCAACUCGCUGUGCAAUGCUUACCAGCAGCUCGGUGCUCGUGGCUCCUCUGUUCUGUUCUCGUCAGGUGACGGUGGUGUCGGCGGUUCUCAGUCCACCCGCUGCACCAACUUCCUGGCUACCUUCCCAUCAGGCUGCCCAUUCAUGACCUCGGUCGGCGCCACGCUCGUCGACGCCACGACGGGCUCCCCCGAGACAUCCGCGAGCUUCUCCUCCGGUGGCUUCUCGAACAUCUUCGCGCAGCCGAGCUUCCAGUCCGCGGCGGUGAGCGCGUACCUCACGAAGCUCGGCAACACAAACGCGGGCAAGUUCAACCGCUCGGGACGUGCAUUCCCCGACGUCGCGGCCGUGGGCGAGAACGUCGAGAUCGUUUUUCAGCAGGAGGGGGAACUCGUGGCCGGCACGAGCUGCUCGAGCCCGAUCUUCGCGAGCAUCGUCUCGCUCAUCAAUGACCGGCUCGCGGCGCAGGGCAAGGGCCCCCUCGGCUUCCUCAACCCGUUCCUGUACGGCGCCGCCGCGUCGACGUUCACCGACAUCACGACCGGCGACAACCCCGGCUGCAACACCAAUGGCUUCCCCGCUGAGGCGGGAUGGGACCCGGUCACUGGUCUCGGAACGCCCAACUUUGCUGCGCUGCUCCAGGCUGCGGAGACUGCUGCAGGCCUUUAGAUGAGGAUGUUGUCACGAACCUGUCACGAAGGAGUGAAAAGAACGAACCCAAUUGUAAUUUACUAGUACAUACACGGUAUGCAACACGAGUGUAUAUGUUCGACGAUCAAGCCGGCCGGACCGCUUUUCUCAUAACUCCAGCAUAAAAUCGGGCAUAUUACGAGAGUAGUGAUAAAUGGCAAGCGUUCUGACAUGCUUGGUGAUGAACGAUGCCGUUGGUCGACUUGAGACAUCGUGCUCAUCUUCACGGCGGAUGACGAUGUACUUCUCGGCCUGACAAGGCAUAUUCAAAGACUCCGCAGCGGCGACAGUGUCAGCGAGGCUUUCGAUGGUCAACUAAGCAAGUGCGAGCUCCAGGUGCUUGCGGUAGGAGCGCAGAUCGCUUGGAGUACUCAAACAAUCGAUUGUUGUUCGAGGCGUCGGCCCGAAGUGGUCAUACACCAUCUGAACAUCACUGGCGGUGGCGUUGGGCAUUUGGAUUUCCGCCCACUGACAAAUCUCCUCUCGCGCCCAAGGAUCCAUCACGAUCUCAGUACAUGCGUGCGUCUUCUCCAGGCUCUUCCAGCGGCGACGCU